AUGUCCACGCCAGAAGAUCUUUACCGAGAACUGGCCGAGCUAUUGUCCAAGAGGAAGGAUGAUGAGGUCCUCGAAAUCGAGAUUCUGUCCCCAGGCCUGGAUCCCCUCCUGCAGGAUGGCAGGUUCGUCGGCAUCACCAAGAAAGCUCUCGUACAGGCAUACAUAGCUGCCAGACGGAUAUUCUUUGAGAAGCUGGCCCGUAUGGACGAUCAUGACUUCCUAGCAGCGAUACGAGGAUAUCACCGCAAUGACGAUGGCGAUAUAGUUCCAGAUGACGACUCCAUCGUUACAGAGAUCAUCCUCCUCUUCGACUGCGAACAUCUGACAGCAUGCAACUGGAGGAAACGGUGGCUAAACGCUCUGAUAAAACGCAGUGCUGUCCGCUCUGAGUCAACGAAGAAUUUCUCUAGCUACCCUGAUGAUGAUCACCGUCUCCUCCUGAAACUGCUGGAAAGAGAACGCAGUCUUAUGACGACAUAUCUCUGCUCGCCUUUGCACAGGCAUACCAAGUCGCCGACUCUGUGGCAGCAUCGGCUGUGGGUGAUGACGCAGUUGAUGAAAUUCAAAUUCCGGCAGCCAUGUCGAGACUCUACUGUCGAUGAGAAGCGGAUUGAGGAAGCCAGUAUGUCGGCAGAGGACGUGCAGAGCCUCAUAUUGGCUGAACUGGCUGUCGUACUACGAGCAGGUGAACAGCAUCCGAAGAAUUACUACGCUUUCAGCUACAUGCGACAGCUUCACUCUGCCGCUUCGCGCUUCUUCGCCGGUGUCGUUGCUGAAGCUACUGUCAGAAAGGACGAAGAUUCCGUGGAGUCAUCCCUCUCCUCCCAGUUAGCGGAAUGCAUGGUCGAUCAGACUUUGACGUGGUGCCUGGCCCAUCUGCAAGACGUAUCCGGAUGGACAUUUCUGUUCUAUUUACUUGAGACUAUUGUCCCUGCUGAUGAGAAGGAUCAGGAUCAGGAUCUUCGUCUUCAACGACAGAGGAGCGUAGUAGACAAGGUCAUCCAUUUCGCGGUGAAUAUCACCGCCUGGGAAGGCGAGAGUCUAUGGACCUUCGUUGACUUGAUGGUACGGAGAUUCGGACCAGAGAUAUUGCCAUCUCCCUUUUCGUGUAUUUGGGACGACGAAAUGAGUGUGAGUAGCAGUAGUUUGAUUGAUAACAAGUCUGGAGGAGGAAAAGGCGCGGGACGCCUUGUCAACGAUACCAUACUGCUGCCAGAUCCGCGAUGGAAGAAGUUGAUGGAAAAAGCGAGAGGAUUGCGAGCAGCCGGUGUACAUGUAGAUAGUAUCGCGAGUGGACAGACAGGCGCAUCCUUCGAUCACCGAUAG